AGUCUCCCACUCCACCACCUCAGAGCGCCUCCCACACCCACCUCAUGAGCCCCCAUCGCACCCUCGGACUCAGCGCCCCGAACUCCUUCACCUCGUCCAUCACUGAGCUCAGACCCCCUCACCCGCCUCAGGAGCCCCCGCCUCAGUCCCACCUAUCAGAGCCCCGCACACCCACCUCCAGAGCCCCCUCCGCCCACCUCAGGAUCCCCACCACACUCCACCUCAGAGCCCCCUCACACCCACCUCAGAGCCCCCCACCCACCUACCUCAGACCCCCUCACACCCACCAUCAGAGCCUCACGCCACCUCAGACACUACAUCAGGAGCCCCCCAUCACACUCCACUCUCAGAGCCCCUCACACCCACUCAGAGCUCCCCCUCUCUACCUCAGGGUCCCCCUCACCCACCCCCUCAGGGCUCCCCCCCACUUACCCACCUCAGAGCCCCCCACACUCCACCUCAGAGCCCCAUCACACCACACAUCAGAGCCCCCUCACACCCACUCAGAGCCACUGCCAUCAGACCCCCAUCUGACCUCAGAGCCCCGUGCACCUACACCUCAGAGCCCCUCACACCCACCUCGGAGCCCCCAUCUCCUCACCUCAGAGCCCCCUCACACCCACCUCAGAGCCCCCCACACUCCACCUCAGAGCUCCUCACACCCACUCUCAGAGCCCCCUCUCGCCCCGCCUCAGAGCCCCAUCACACCCACCUCAGACCGCCUCCUGCCUCAGACCCACCUCAGAGCCCCCACACCCACCUCAGAGCCCCCAUCACAUUCUCACACCCACCUCAGAGCCCCCACUGCCCAUCACCUCAGGGCUCCCCCCACGCCCGCCUCAGAGCCCCCGCACACCCACUCGGAGCCCCCAUCCGCACACCCACUCAGAGCUUAUCCACGCUACACUCUCGGGAGCCCCUAUCACCGCAUCAGCUGCACCUCAGAGCUCCCCUCACACUCCACCUCAGAGCCCCACACCCACCUCAGAGCCAUAUCAUCACACCCACUCAGAGCCCCCCGCACACCCACCUCAGAGCCCCCACACCCACUCAGACCCCAUCACACCCACUCAGAGCCCCCUCACACCCACCUCAGAGCCCUCACACACCACCUCAGAGCCCCCACACCCACUCAGAGCCCUCACACUCCACUCAGAGCUCCCCUAUCACACCCACUCAGAGCCCCCUCACACCCACCUCAGACCCCCCCCACUCAGAGCCCCCCACACCCACCUCAGACCCCCAUCACACCACCUCAGAGCCCCCACACCACCUCAGAGCCCCCCACACCCACCUCAGAGCCCCCUCACACCCACCCAGAGCCCCCAUCACACCCACCUCAGAGCCCCCCUCACACCCACUCUCAGAGCCCCCCACACCCACCUCAGAGCUCUACACCCACCUCAGAGCCACCUCAGCACCCACUCUCAGGGCCCCCCACACCCACCUCAGAGCUCCCCCACACCCACCUCCAGGGCCCCUCACCUCACUCUCAGGGCCCCCACCACCUCAGAUUUACCACCCUCAGGAGCUCCCAUCACACCUCACCUCAGAGCCCCUCACACCCGCCUCAGAUUGCAUGCCCCAAAUUACCUCUUACUCAGCACACCCACCUCAGCAGCCCUCUACACCCAGCCUCAGUUUUACCCGCAUCAGGACCCACCGUCAGCGCCCAUCACCGCAUAGAUUUCGCCGCCUCGGAGCUCCCCACGCCGCACCUCAGACCGGCGCGCCAUCGGAUCCCACGCCGCAUCAGGGCCCCGUCACUUACCCGAUUCCCUCACCGCGGGCCCCCCACACCGCCACUCAGAGCCCCCUCACGCCCACCUCCAGAGCCCCACACCCGCCUCAGAGCCCUCACGCCCACCUCAGAGCUUCCCCAUCACACCCACCUCAGAACCCCUCACACCCGCCUCAGAGCCUCCUGCCGCCUCAGAGCCCCCAUCACGCCACCUCAGGAGCCUCCCCACACCCACCUCGGAGCCCCAUCAGUUCACCCACGCCUCAGAGCCCUCACGCUUCCGCUCUCAGGUUUUACGCCCCGCCAUCAGUUUCACCUCGCGCGGGAUGCCCCAUCGCACGCGACCUCAGAGCCCACCCGCGCACGCCAAUUCUCAGGGCUCCUCUCGUUACCUCCACUCUCAGAGCCCACGCCGCACCGGACCUCCGCGCCCCCAGAUCCCACGCAUCGGUGCCCCACACACCUCAGAGCCCCCACACACCACCUCCAGAGCCCCACACCCACUCAGAGCUCCCCCACACCCACUCUCAGGGCUCACUAUGUGUUCUGGGAAUUCCCGAUUUACAAAUUAAGUACUGGUGAGGUCCCUGGCAAUUCCUAG